UGAAGGCGUUUUAGGAGUCUUUCUACUUAUUCGCGUCCAUGCAAAACAAAUUACCAACAAUAAGCCUGAUCUGUUGAAGCCUGAAGAAUUCUUAAAUCAUUUCCAUUCUUCUUUGUGAUCAUCAUCGGCCAAUGGCGGCUCCAUCGACGGUUACACUCGCUGCUCCGGUGUCGCUUUACGUCGGUGAUUUGGAUCCCGACGUCACCGACGCUCAACUUUGUGAAGCGUUUUCUGAAUUCAAGAGCCUCGCCUCCGUGCGCAUUUGUAGAGACUCCAGUAGUGGCAGGUCCACGUGUUACGGUUACGUUAACUUCCUCUCGCUGCAAGAUGCAAUUCGCGCUCUUGAGGAAAAGAAUCAUACUUUGCUCAAUGGUAAAAUUUUGAGGAUUUCAUGGUCAUGCCGUGAUCCUGAUGCUAGAAGAAGUGGAGUUGGGAAUGUGUUUGUUAAGAACUUGAUUGAUUCAAUCGACAAUAUGGGGCUUCAAGAGAUAUUUCAGAAAUUUGGGACAAUAAUAUCCUGCAAAGUUGCCACCUUUGAGGAUGGGAAGAGUAAAGGACAUGGCUUUGUUCAAUUUGAGUCGGAGGAAUCUGCAAAUGCCGCUAUUGAGAGUCUUAAUGGCUCCACUGUUGGUGACAAGCAGAUAUAUGUUGGAAAGUUUGUUAAGAAGAGCGAUCGAAUCUUGCCUAAUCCUGAUGCUAAAUAUACAAAUCUGUACCUUAAGAAUUUGGAUUCAGAUGUCACAGAAGAACUUCUGACAGAGAAAUUCUCGGAGUUUGGGAAAAUUGUUAGCCUAGUUGUUGUAAAGGAUGAAAAUGGGAACUCGAGAGGUUUUGGUUUUGUGAACUUUGAUAAUCCAGAUGAUGCUAGACAGGCAUUGGAGGCAAUGAAUGGAUCACAACUUGGGUCAAAGGUUCUGUACGUAGCAAGGGCACAAAAGAAAGCAGAGCGUGAGCAAAUAUUGCGUCGCCAGUUUGAGGAGAAACGUAAUGAGCAAAUCUUGAAAAAUAAGGGAUCAAAUGUCUAUGUCAAGAAUAUUGAUGAUGAUGUCACUGAUGAAGACCUAAGAGAGCACUUCAGUCAAUGUGGCACCAUUACUUCUGCAAAACUUAUGCGAGACGAAAAAGGAAUGAAUAAGGGCUUUGGAUUUGUCUGCUUCUCCAGCCCUGAGGAGGCCAGUAAGGCUGUGAACACUUUUCAUGGCCGUAUGUUUCACCGCAAGCCGUUGUAUGUGGCUAUUGCUCAAAGGAAGGAGGAUAGACAACUACAGCUGCAGCUUCAAUAUGCACAGCAGAUGGCUGGACUAGCAGGACCUUCUACUAAUGUAAUUCCUGGUGGAUACCCACCUCUUUACUAUACGGCUCCUUCGGCUGUUGUUUCACAAGUAUCUACACGACCUGGGCUGAUGUACCAACCAUUGGGUUUGAGGGCUGGAUGGAGGGCAAAUGGCUUUACUCCUUCAGCCAGGCCAGCAUAUCAAGCAUCAACACUUCCAGCAGCUCCUAACAACCAGAAACAGCAUAGACAAAACCGGGGUAGGAUGAAUGGGCAUGUGCUUCCACAGACUGGUGCUCAAUAUAUGCAGCAUCCCAAUCAAUCUGUGGCUCCUUCAAAAGAUUCAAGCAAUCAGCAGCGGGGCGGGCAGAGCAAGUAUGUACCAAAUGGGCAUACACGUGAGAUGAAUAAUGGAUCUGGAGUGACAUCUGCAGCUUCUAACUCUGUUGGAGUGGUGUCAAGAAAACCAGAGAUGCUGAACAGCAUGCUUGCUGCUGCUACUACAGAGCAGCAGAAACAGAUACUUGGCGAGCACCUGUAUCCCCUCGUGGAGAAGCACCAGCCUGAUCUUGUUGCAAAGAUAACAGGGAUGCUUUUGGAGAUGGACAACUCGGAACUCCUGCUUUUGUUGGAGUCACCAGAAUCAUUGACUGCCAAAGUAGAGGAAGCUGUGCAAGUACUGAAGCUUUCCCAGGCCAAAGUUUCUGGUCAAGAAGUGCUUCAUUCUGGUUACCUAUCUGCUGAGGUUGCAGUGAAUUAAAAGAAUAAAAUCUUUAGGACUUUGAUAUAAGUUGAUAUAACUCUUUUUUAAGAGUUAAGUUGAAGAACUCUUAUUAUGGGCUAGUUUUUUAGUAAGAUAAGGAUUAAUUUAAAUUUGAUUGAAACUCUUAGUGCUGGCAGGCGCAUCUUAGAUUGUGGAUAAGUUUUGGCACCAUCAUUGGCGAUAGCAAUGUAACAAUAUAAGUUUUGCCUUGGAAUUAUAGUCUUCUAUAGAUUGUUAUUAAUGAUUAUACAUUUGCAAUGCAUUGGUUUCUAGACAGACUAUUCAUUUGCAA